UUUUCAUUUUGUAUUUCGGGACCAUUUGACAGCGUACGAGUGAACCGGAGCGCAGUAACGAGCCCUAACCCCACCCCAUUGCCCUUGCGGUCAAUAAAUCAUCGCGUUUUUCAUUUUUUUUAUGCGCGUUCGAGAACCUCCAAAGGGAAUAUUGAGGGUCUUUGUACAGUUUCAGUUUAUUUUACCGACAAAAAAGAACAAAACAAAGCAAAAGACAAGUAUACAGAAACACGCAGAAGCAAUGUGGUGAGGAAGCCCAAAAAGAAACCAUAAGGCUUAGGUCAUCCCCUUUUCGUUCGUUUAGCGUCGAAUAGGUUUCCUGGUUUUGGGUGGGUCGGUCGGUGGGGUGAAAAAAAAAAUCACAAGAAAUCUGAGAACGGGAGGCCUGAAACACCAGCAUCAUUGCCGUGGAGACUGAAAACAACAAGACAUGGUCACCAAAUCGACACAAACUCAAUAUGGCGGAAAAUUUGAUGGUCAAUUUCAAAAAAAAAAGGCCCAAAAAGGGUAAAAAGCAAAGAGGAUACACCACCGAACGUUUUAUGCCUCGAAAUGAUGUUAUAAUGCUAAUUUUUUAGAUUAAAAGAAUUAAUCUAAGUCCAAAAAAAAUAAACCUUGUCGUUUCUUUUUCUUGCUUUUUUAAAAAAUGCCAAAAAACUGGGUCUUUUGGACGACACUAAACGAAGAAAAAAUUAAUAUAGGUAUUAAGCUCCCUUAAAGUAUAAAAGUAUAAGUUUACAAGGACAGGAUCGAACGUAUACUGAGUAACUAAAUGAUAAAAAUUUGAUCAAAAUUAAAUGAAAGGCUAAGAGCCUAAGCGCUGUCUGAUAACGAAACGGUAAACAAGAAGUGCUGCCUCUCAUUUAAAAGAGACGUGAAAUACUGGGUGGACCACAUCCUGAACUCCCGCGAAAACCGCAAGAGAGGAACGCUCAGGGCUAAGGAGACUAAACAGGGGCGUAGCUACUUGUACGCACGGUUUGCACGUGCGUACCCGAAAACGUUGAGGAAAAAAAUAGAAUGAAAUAAACAUAACUAAAAAAAAUCGGUUUCCAGAGAAGCGACGACAUUAAUUGGAGAACCGAAUCUUGGAUGAUUUAUUUAUAUAGCAAGCUUGAUGAUGUAAAGCGUGAACGCGUUGUUUUCUCCACGACCUGUCUUCGGAGUAGACGAAGUAGGGCACAAUUACGUCAAUGUGUGGUGCUUUUGUCGGUCAAAAAUAAUGUGACAAAAAGGGGUAAAAAGAGUCAUUUGUAAACUAAAGUCGGAGGUACUACAAGCUUGAUUUUUAAUAGCUGAAUUAAUGAUAAACGGUUGACGUCAAUGAACAUAACAAGCCGACAGAAUUAAAGAAUUUUAGAGGUUGUGUCAUUUCAUAAACAGCAAAAAUGCUUUUGCUUACAACCGUUAACCCCACCUUUAAUAAAGGCACCUUAAAAAAAUGUUGAGAUUGGGGUGGAGGGGUGGGGGGGGGGGAAGAAGAUGUAGAAAAAGUUGGGCGUACCUCCGGAAAAAUCCUGACUACGCACCUGCUAAAGCCUGAAACUGAACAACAGGAGUCUUGACGAAACGUCCUCAGUUAUCACCUGUCCGGGGUCGUACUUUCAAGGAAACGCUGAUCAAGAAUCACUCAUGACGGAAUGAAAACUCCUCGUAGCUUCCAGCGAAAAAAGGAGUGACAACAGUGGUAAGCGGUCGUUCUGUGAAAUGUAACGCAAUCUUUGCCGUUUACGAUCUUUCGGCGCUUGGAUUUGAAACGUUGUUGUUUGGUAUGUUCUCCCGUGUGGAUACUUGACAUUUCCAAUAUAUGGAAACACCAUGCUAAGGUACGAACAACAGACAUUCACAACAUUGUUUUGUACGCUAAAAUCUGAUUUCAUGGACGUAAAACGUUUUGAAUUUUAAGACUUUUUAAUAUUAGUGCUUUGCCCUCCCUUUGACAACUUCACGUGACUGGUGCACUUGGCAGGAGUUGACAGCUUAAAUCUGCCUUUCUUGAUAGCAAACGGCAUUAAUUUAUAUCAGAUCGCUGUAUAAACACGUCUUGGUUUCUGAAAGCUGAUAACAUGAAACCACUAUUGCUCAAACUGAUUUCUUACUGUAUUUUUCCAAGUUUUUAGCAUCGGCCCGCCGCGUCUGGAAAGCUCAAAUUUCAGAAAAGUACUACUUGUAUUUUUUGGCCUCAAAAAUUUUCUUUUAAGUUGCCCGUAGUUUUGAAAACAGAUUUUGAAAGAAGAGAUAACGCUCUUUAACGUGGUAUAAGACUCGUUACUGAAAUCGAGGUACCAGUCGACGAUUUUGGGCUUUGAAAUUUGCCAUUUUUUCAUUGAACGAAAACGUUCAAAAUAUUGAAAAUAAUGAAAAAUCUCCAAAAUAUUACACUUUCGUUCAAACUGAGUAAAUCACCACUUAGAAUGUGUGCAAUUAAGUACUCUUCUGAAUAAGUUAUUUGUUGUCCGCAUUACAAUGGAUUUGAAUUUUAAAACGAUUUUUUUGCUACACAUGGUCUCGGGCCUGGAAAACCCGGUCCGAGAGCCGCGAAACCAAUAACCCCCCCGUACGUGGAAAAUAAUUAUCGGAUCGAAGUAAAAAUUACAUUUAUGUUAAUUGCUUACCUAGUGCUACUUUGUGAAUUUUUUUGAGGAUUUUCGAUUUUUCACUUUUGUAGACCUCUGGUCGAUAUUUACUGACAUCCGCUCUUAAUGUAUUAACAGGAACUUCGCUUUUAGCUUUGGUUCAAUACAUAAAUAUAUAGACGAUAUAUAUAGAAAGAGACGAUAUCGUAACAAUAUUACCCCUACCAAUUCUAAUUAGUUAGAUAUCCUGAGUUAUUGUUCAGGGCCGAGUUGUUCAAAGCUGGGUUAAGAUAACCCAGGGUUAGUGCGAGAUUUGAAUAGCCUGAAUUUCAUCCGAUUACUUCGAGUCGUUAUUACUCCCUCAGUAACGUCUGAAUCGACCGGCCGUUAAUGCCGUCCAGUGACGUCACUACUCAUGAACCUUUGCUUUAAUUCAUGCAAAAAGUAAAACACGAUUUUCAAGUGGUAAACCGAGAAAUAUCGUUUGGAAAUGUCUGCAUGAUACAGAACUGCUUUAUUUUUUUCGAUCAUAAUUCAUGUUUAACGUUCAAACUAUCAACUGCAUGCAGCACAACUCUGAACCGGUUGUACUAAAUUCUACAAUCAAACUCGGUAGCAAUCACGCAAUGAAAUAAACACACACACGGAACACGUAGUUCAAAAACACAAUUAUUUGCUUUAAUUGAAAAGAUGCUAUUUGGUCCUUAACGAAGAAAAAACAAGGAGACAAGAAAGAAAAGCUAACAGAAUCAUUACUUUUGACGGUAAAAAUAGCAAGAAGGUCGAAUUAUAACAUUGAUUUCAGAAAACUUCGCGUAAACAAAAUCACCGGCUGUCGAAACCACAAAGCGGCUCUAAAUGAAAAACCUACCGACUCUCCGCAAUGAUUCUUCGUUCGCAGUUUAAUUUAGCAUUUCAGUUUCGAAGACAAGGGCAAUUUUGCUGUUUAAGAUAAAGAUUGCGCUUAUCGAAAUGUUUCAACUAAACGAAAGGAUGCCAGGGAUGCGAUCCGCUGAAUAUCAAGCGACAAUCCCGCUAAAAUUUUUCAUAAUUAUACAUAAUUAUGCGAAUGUUUAGACAAUCAACCAAUCAAAAUCACUACCCGGUUUUCGGGUAGUGAGUGACGUCACUGGACGGCAUUAACGGCUCGUCGAUUCAGACGUUGUUGAGAGGAGAAAACGACUCGAAGCAAUCGGAUGAAUUUCAGGCUAAGAUUUGAAUUCAGAUAUGAAAGUUUAAAAAUGCUUUUAAACACAAUAAAAAGAAACUCGGGUUAAAUUUAACCUCGGGUUAAGCGCUAAUCGGCCUUCGAACAACUGGGCCCAGGGUUUUAGGAAUUAUAUUGAAAAUAUUUUUCUUCGUUGGAGUACUUACGCGGUGCAUCAUCAUCUACAAUUACAAAUGUUAUAAUGGCAGGACCUGCGAUGGGGUUACCGGACGCGGAUGGAUCGUCAAAAAGUGAAAAUGCGUAUACCAGUGUUUCGUCUCCUUCAAACACAUCAUCGUCUAAAAUAAGGUAAGGGACAGCAAUCGUCACCACCCCCACGAAGGGUGAAAUUUCUAGGACGUGAUCUAUCUGUACGUAAUCUAAAUUAGCUGUGGCUGUAAUGUCCGCGGUGAAGGUCCUGAAACAAGAAAAGAAUCCCUGCUUAUAGAUUACAAAUACGAAACGAGGAUAUAAUUCUAAGAAUAUGUUUGACACCCUCCUUGUUGAACCCGAAUUUAGAGUUGCAAAGUGCUGGAAGCUCGUUAGCCAGAACUUCAGUAGACUACUAUUGACGACUGCCUUACUGCACGUACUACAUUUCGAUACAUUUUGUUUGUUUCAAAUUUCUAUUCCCCGCAAAUUUUUCUCUGUUCACUAACUCCUGAUAGCGUUAUUUAAGUUUCUCUUGUACCAUUUCUUAUGUCUUAGGGUUUCGGCUAUUCCUCAGCUGAUGUGCUUUAUCAAAGUAGAAAAGUCGUAA